ACUGUCAGCUGCUGUAACUGUAGUGGGUGUGUCUGACAUUUGUCCAGUGAGCGAGAAGGCUGGGAAAGGAGGUGUGUCCACGCGCCGAAAGUGCAUAAAUAAAACCCCGCAAAUUGUGAACCCGCGUCCAUCUUGCACCGACUUUGCACCAGAGAAGACUCCUGUUCGUCUGAAAAUGGCCCAGUCAGUCCUGGACUCGAUGCCCGGAGCCUCGACCGGAACCGUGGUGGUCACGGAACCGCUGAACUUCUGGGCUGGAAAGAGGGUUAAACCCCGGCAGGAGAAAAACGCCGAGUCCGUGUUCGAGCCUGCGACUGGCCGUGUCCUGUGUCAGAUGGUGCCCUGUGGGGCUGAGGAGGUAGAUGAAGCCAUACAGAGCGCACACUCCGCCUACCUCAAAUGGAGCAAGCUGGCCGGCAUGGAGCGGGCCCGGAUCAUGCUCGAGGCGGCCCGCAUCAUCAGGGAAAAAAAGGAGAAGAUUGCAAAGCUGGAAGUGAUCAACAACGGCAAGUCCAUCACUGAAGCUCUUGUGGACAUCGACAUAGCCUGGCAGUGCAUAGAGUACUAUGCUGGUCUGGCUGGUACACUUGCAGGUCAGCACAUCCAGCUUCCUGGCGGAGCGUUUGCGUACACCAGGAGGGAGCCCCUCGGUGUGUGUGCAGCCAUCGGGGCCUUUAACUACCCCUUCCAGAUUGCUGCCUGGAAGUCUGCUCCUGCUCUGGCAUGUGGUAAUGCCAUGGUGUUCAAGCCCUCUCCCAUGACUCCGGUGACGGCUGUGAUCCUGGCUGAGAUCUACAAAGAAGCAGGGGUGCCUGAUGGGCUCUUCUGUGUGGUCCAAGGUGGAGCAGAGACGGGCUCUUUGCUCUGCCAGCACCCUAAGGUGGCCAAAGUCACCUUCACUGGCAGUGUCCCGACCGGCAAGAAGGUCAUGGAAAUGUCUGCAAAGGGGGUGAAGCAGGUGACUCUGGAGCUGGGAGGGAAGUCUCCCCUUAUCAUCUUCAAAGACUGCCAGCUGGAGAACGCAGUGAGGGGGGCGCUCAUGGCUAACUUCCUGACUCAGGGGCAGGUUUGUUGCAAUGGGACCAGGGUGUUUGUGCAGAGGGAGAUCUUGCCACAGUUUCUGGAAGAAGUGGUCAAGAAGACCAAGGCCAUCCUGGUUGGUGACCCCCUGCUCGACACCACCCGGAUGGGAGCUCUGAUCAGCAAGCCCCAACUGGACAAAGUGUUGGGGUUCAUUAGUCAGGCCAAGGAGCAGGGAGCCAAAGUGCUUUGUGGAGGAGAGCCUUUAGUCCUCAAUGACCCCAAACUGAAGGGGGGUUAUUACAUGUCACCCUGUGUUCUUGAUAACUGCAGAGACGACAUGACCUGCGUGAAGGAGGAGAUCUUUGGUCCGGUCAUGUCCGUCCUGCCGUUUGACACAGAGGAGGAAGUGAUCCAGAGGGCCAACAACACCACCUUCGGACUGGCCUCUGGAGUCUUCACCCGGGACAUAUCUCGAGCUCACCGCAUGGCAGAGAAGCUGGAGGCGGGGACCUGCUUCAUCAACAACUACAACAUCAGCCCUGUGGAAGUGCCGUUUGGAGGAUAUAAGAUGUCAGGUUUCGGCAGAGAGAACGGUCAGGUGACCAUCGAGUACUUCUCCCAGCUGAAGACGGUGGUUGUGGAAAUGGGCGACGUAGAGGAAUACUUCUAACUGGAUCAAGUUUACUCAUUUAAACUCUGAAUGGAUUCAUUUACUCACUACCUUCAUUCCAUCAUUUGUGCCAUAGAAACUACUAAACCCUCUCUGUGUUUUCUAACAUUUCAUACAGUUGAACCUGGUUUUAGAAGAACUGGCUUCCUGCUCAAUCUGUGCCUAACACAAGUUUAAAGCUAAUACAUGUAGAGACAUGAUGAUGUCAAAGUAAAAAUGCACUAAAGGAACCGAGAACCUUAACCUGUAAUCCUGCUUUUAGAGACUGUAACCAGUUUGCUUCAACUAAAAAGCUGAUGGAUUUUUUUUCUUGUUAUCAAAAUAAAAUGUUUUGGUGGCAACA